AUGGAUAAUCCAAAGAUCAAUGAUAUUAUUCGGAGGGAGCACAUUGCAUUUUAUGAAUAUGAUGACUUUGAGAACUUUAAGAUCAUCAGAUUGAAUGUCCUUAAGGCCACAAUAAAAGAUUCUCGAGAAUCAGUGGUCCUAAGACAAAUCGACCUAGAUGAAAAUUUUACGAUAGGAAAUUUGAUAAGUGAAAUAAAGAAACAUCAAAAAUUGGAAAUCUGCGAAAACAUUAUAAAAUUCUUGGGGAUUACGGAUCAAGAAAUUUGUGAUAACAUCGAAUGCAAAAAGGGAUCUGAUAUUUAUAAUCUGGGUAUCGUUCUUUGGGAGAUUUCGAAUGACAACUUGAAUACACUUGACCAUGGAGUUAUACAGAAUUCGUUGAAAAACACUGGUUUUGACAUAAGUAGCAAUGGAAAACCUCAUGAGUAUGUGAAGAUUUAUACAGAUUGCUGGCAAAUCGAGCAUCCAAAUAUUGAAAAGGUUGUUGAAGAUCUCAGUAAACUUGAUUUUACAACAGAAAUAAAUGAACAUUUUACUCAUCAUAAUGAAACAGGGAACGUUUUAGAUUCUAAUAGAAAAAUCACACCAUCGGAAGUGCAGGCCACGGAGUUAGAUAUGUUCAUCUUGUAUUUAUUCGAUCUUUUUUCUGAACUAUUCAUAAAGCAGCACUUACACAUGAUGCAAAUUUUCAUUAAAUGUUACAUUCAAGAUUCUAGUAAAAGCCCUUGUAGAUUGCUUCACUAUUUGAUUAGUCAUCGAAAACAUUCUUAUUUCACAAGUAUGAUAGGAUUUUUUUACGAAUACGGAAUUGGCACCAAGAUCGAUUAUCAUCUUGCAUUUGAAUAUUAUUUAAAAUCCAUCAGCGAUGCAUUUGAAGAUAAGAGUGAGGGAUCGUCGAAAAUCAAGUUAUUCAGAAAAUAUAAUAGAACCUGUGGCGAGAUUUUACUGGCGAAUUUGUAUCUGGAAGGAAGAGGAGUGGAAAAAAAUGAGAAAAAGGCGUUUCGAAUGUUCUUGAAAACAGCGGGUGAAGGCUCGA